CAAGACCCGAGUUGCAAAAAACACAGCGCAAUCGGGCAGCCUAAACGCAAAUUAUUGGACGCCACGAGCCCGCGGGCAGCCUCUCAGAAGAACAACAUGGCGACAUACACGCCUGGCAUCGCGCCCCGCGAUUUUGACAGCGGUGUGACCGCCGAGGAAGUGGAAGUCUGGAAAGCAUCCGAAGCCCAGCGCAAGAAGAACGCCGAGAUCGAGGGCACGGCGGCGACGCCGUCGGCGGCGACCGACGACCAGCUGCCCAACCCCUUAAAAACGACGCACGAGGUGGAUCAGUACCACGACGAGCAGCGCGUGCGCGACGCCGAGAUCAACGACGCGCUCAAGGAGAUCGCGAGCGGCGCGCCUUCCAAAUAGAGUCAUGCGGCGCUUUGCUCUAUUCGUCGCGGCGCGCGCGGCGCUGGCCGAGGUGGUCUGUGGCGGACAUUCGGCGGCGUCGUGCGACCUCUGUCCGCAAGGCAACGGCGCGGCCUGGUGCAACGGCGAGUGUACGUGGUUGGAUAACGAAUGCACCUCGGGCUGCUACGGCGACGAGCAAGCCUCGUGUAGUGGCGAUAGCUGCGAGUGGAUUGACGCGACAGGCUCAUGCCGCGAUGCCUUGUCGGAUUCCGUCCGCACGGCGUCCGUGCACCUCAACUACAGCCCGUCGGUCGCCCAGGCGGCUUUCUGGUGGCAGCGCGUCGAGCCGAGAGACGUUGCCGAGGCUACCUACUUUGCAUCGAACGGCUUCCAGUACGGCUACGGCGGCGUCCAGCAACCCACGGAUUCACUCGAUCGUGCCAUUUUUUCUAUAUGGGAUACCUGCGAUACCGAGCACAACACGUGCGACGCCGAUGACCUCGCCACCACCGUCGCGUGCGGGACUGGCGUGACUUGUACCGGCUUCGGGGGCGAGGGCACCGGUCGCAAGUCGCAGCUCGACGCGGAGCUCGGUGCCGGCCCGUACUACUACGUGACGCAAGCCCACGAGGUGGGCGAUCGCGCCCAGUUUAGCGGGUAUAUCUGGUCUCAAUCGCUUGGUUGGCGUUUCCUCAGCAGAAUUGAGCUCAAGGCAGCAGCGGACAUCGAUGGACUGUAUUCUUUCGUCGAGCAGUGGGUCGCCGGCGAGGACGCCGCACGCUCAGCGCGCUACGGACCGACGUACAUGAGCGACGCGAGCGCUCCGACGACCUUUCACCAGAUCGACGAAGCGACGUUCUCCUACGGCACCCUCGAGAACCAUAAGCACGUCAACGCGUGGGAAUGUGCCUCAAACAGUAUCGCCAUCUCUACAGGCGGCGACACGGUCCAGGCGGCGGCGUCGGGGACGUCCUUCCCUUACGACCCCGCGGCGCCUCCCACAGAGCUGGUCGACUUUGCGGCGAAGGUGCCUUGUUUGCAAGCCGCAACCGCGACGGACGCCGUCGAGGCGUGCCUUGCGGCCCCAGCGCCGACGGCCGUGCCGACGGCCGCCGCGCCUUCGCCGUCGCCGAGCCCCACCAUGUCGCCGCCCGACCACGUCGAUUGCGCCGCGCUCUGGGAUCCGGUCUGCGGCGGCGACGGCACGACCUACUCCAACGCCUGUCGGGCCGACGCUGCUGGCGUCACGUACGUGUCCGGUGCUUGUGCCGCCCAGGCGUUGAAUUUCAACAUUACGUCGGGCGCCGCGCCUCGGACGACUUCUGCCGCGCUGGCCGCGGCCGUCGCGGUGCUGGCGGCAUAGCCCUUCCCCCUACAAUUGAAUAGUGAGCCUUACGACGAC